GCGGGGCCGCGCCCGUGGGGCGGGAGCGGGGGAUGGAGAAGCUGCGGAGGCUAUGGAAGGGCCGCACGAUGACCUUCGGGGUGCCGCUGCUGCUCUAUCUCAUUGGAGGAUCUUUUGGACUCCGUGAAUUUGCUCAGAUAAGAUACGAUGUUCACAACCUACAUGGCAAGGUUGAUCCAGCUUUGAAAGAAAAAUUUAAAAAGAACACUGUGACACUGGAAUCUGAAUAUGAGAAGCUGGAAAAAUCUAACUUGGACAACUGGGAGAACAUCAGAGGACCCAGUGUGUGGGAAGAUUCCAGGACGGUUCAGAAACAACGGCGGGAGGCUCUCCGUCACAAGACAGAGUGACUGAGCAAGCCUCCUUUGGUGCCUCUGAAAAAACAAAGUCUCAGGCUGGACUGUCUUAAUUUUUAAUCCAGUGUCAGGAACGGACAUGGGAGCAUUUGCACUGAACAGUUCAGCUGGUGUAUAUAUAAGUAACAGUGAGAUCAGUCCAAAAGGCACUGUAUUAUAUGAAGCUCUUUGUUUGCAUGCAUUUCUGUACAGUACCACAGGCUGUAUAUGUGAAUUUUCAAUUAUAAAAAGCUGAUUAUUCUACUGAGAAUAUCCCGUUGUUUUUCAGUCUCUAACGUUCAAACCUCUUUGAGCAAGGAAUAACAUUUCAAGAGUCACUUGUCAGUACCAGAAGUUGUCAUCCUAAUGAGAACAACAGUGCUGUCAUCUAGAUGUGUGUGACCAGAUAAGUGCUGCUUCAGGGAGCCCUUGCAUGACUUCAGGCUCUUUAGCUUGGAAGGGACUCCACAGGCAUAUGAGCUGUUCAGAACAAUGAGUCCAAUUUUGGCUAAAUAAUGCUUUAGUGUUUCAUAUCCAGGGACUGCAAAAAGGCAUGUACUGAGUGUCAGCUGAUAAUUGGUCAAACAACAUUUGUUUAGCUGUGGUUAAAUUUCUGUGAUUAGUUUAUCAAUACCUUCAUGCAAGCUGGACCUCUGCACUGGAACCUCUCCGUUUAAAUUGGAAGAACUUUUUCUUGCAAAGAGCUGUGCUGCUUCUCUGUGAGUAAAUAUUGUAGCAGAAUCUUCUUGAACCACUACAUAGUGGCAAAGCUUACCUUACAUGUAUUAUUACAUGUAUAUUUGUGCAUAGAACAUUUUUAUGUUCCAUUCAACUCGUCUGAAAUGCUUGUGUUUUUGUAUUUGUAUUUGUGUGCUAAAUAUUUGCUGUUAGAGGACGUUGUGCUAACAUUCAGGACCCUUCUGCUGAGCGAGUUCAGUGAGGAAGUAUCUACUUAAUUUUUCAAAUGAAAUUACACUUUUGAUAAGGUGUUGCAACAGACUUGUGAAACUCCUCAUCAGAGGAAUGGAGCAGCAGAGCGCAUAUUAACAGCAGAUUCUUGUUUCAAAACUCAGUGACACCUAUAUGUAAAUCCUUCUGGAACUGUCUUGGAAAAGAUGUGGCCUUACUCCCCUCUGCAGGAUGUGUCAAAUGUAAUCUGAAUGUCCUUCUAGACACUUUUUUAGGGUAGCCUCCUUGCCUUCUCUCAGCACUUCAUUUUCUUUAGCCUGUCAGUGGUGAGGCCCAGUCUUUCACUCGAGAGGAAGAAAUAACAUUGAUUUUUAAGGAGUUAUAAAGGAAUUCAUAAAGCAUCUCAUGAAAUAUCUUAGGCAUGUUUUGUGCAUGUUUUCUUCUGAUAGAGUUGUGAAAAACCAUUGGAAAAUAGUUUGGAUGAAAUCUGGAACAAAGUUGGAGUUGGGUGUUCGUGUAUUUCCCUGUUCAAUAUCAUAGAUAUCUCUGUUUCUAAAUCAAAGUAUGAACAAAUUAAACCACCCAGGAGAGGACUAAGAGGAACAAUGCAAGAGUAGGUAAUAGUAAAUGCUAUAGGGAAACCAGUGAAAAACUAGAAUACAGAGGCAUUAAGUUGUGCUAGACCUAGACAAGGAGGAAAUUGGUUUAAUUGUUUUGUCAUUAGGCGGAUAAAAUACAAAUAUGACAAAUAAGGAGUAAUUAAUACUGCAUAACUUGUUAAGCACUUUUUCAGCCCUUAAAUUCAAGUUCAGGUGCAGUUCCACUGACUGCAAGGUUGAUCAUUCAAAGGACAUCAGAGCUCUGGCUACACUGGUAGUGUUCUCCCCGUGUUCUCUUGCUGCACCACUGCUACUUUCCCCACUGGUGUGGACUCUGCAAAUUCACUGCUUUUUUGAGAGGAUGUACAUCUUCCUUUUCCCUGCUUUGAUUGAAGGAGAUGGGAAGCUGCCAUUGCUUUGCAUAUGGAGAGGCGUGCUCAGCUCCCAGGCUCGCACGAUGGCUCACAAUAUGGACCAGCGCUGCUCCUGAAAUAAACACGUGGCUUUCUAAGAACAGCAAGUGUUGGAGAAGCAGCCCCUUCCCCCAGGGGAAGAAGUAAGGAUAUUUCUCUCACAUGAAGCCCUUAAGCUUAUCAGUUUUCUUGAUGAAAAAAACACUCACUGAAAUAUCCUGUGUAUUUUUAGUAGUUUGGUAUUCUGCAAAGACUGUUUUGGGAAUGGUCAUCUAAUUUCAGCAGGUUUGAAGUGUAGUUGUAAAUAAUUAUUUUUAUGGAGCAAUUUCUUAUAUCCUAACUUAGGACACAAUCUUAGUUGAUUGUUUGCUGGUUGUGGGGUCCCGCUGCCUUUCCCUUUUUCUUAGGCACGAAAUCCUGUCAUUUCUGAGGGCAUAUUUGUAAGUACUUUUGAAGUGGCCUCUCUGGAAAGCAAAGGAUUUAUCUUAGAGUCUCUGAGAAAAAAUUAUAUGCGGCUGAAAAACUUUCCAUCUUUGCCCUUCUCUUCAACUUCCAAUUUAGAAGACAGCCUAUAUCUAUUGAUUGUCCACUAAAAUAAAAACCUGCCAUGUUUUUAAUGCUGCCUUAUUUUAAUAACUUUUUAAAUGUUGACUCAUUUAUGAAUUAUAAAGAACCCCAAACCAACAAUGGCUUGCAGGGGAAACACUGGGCAGCUGAACAGCAGAAUCAAUAUGAUUUCAGCAGAAGCCAUUUAUUGUUUACAUUAAACUCCAGUUACCGAUUCUAGCUCCAGUGUCCGUGCAUACAGGUGUCUCUAGUUUGGCUGAGCCACUUCUUCACAAGGUGGGCACACAUCCUUAGGACACUAAUUGGUCAAACAUCCAUCAUCACGUUGUGUGUCCUCUGUCUAGGUUUUGCAUUUUUCAUAGACAGUUUCUCAAUUUUUAGUCCUGUUGUUGUCUCAGUAGCCUUGAUGAAUUCUUGAGGGCUCUGAAGACAAGACUGCAGGUGGCUUGUUAUCUACAAACAGUUUGGCUGGUACACAGAAUGGUCAAAGUUAUUCAGAUACGUUGCUACAAUGGCUGGUACAGAAGCUGUACUUCUCCGUGUUACCUACUUCCAUAAAACAGGAAGAGCCAUUUCAGCAAUUCAUUUUUAUUGCUGUGCACUUGAAUAAUGGCUUGAUGUUUUAUGCUGUGGUUUUCUUACUGAGUUGGAAGUAAUACUUUUGAAAGGUGUGUUGAGAGCCAAUGAAGUGUCUUAAGUUGUCAUGCAACCUAGAGUAGAAGGCACUCCAGAAAUGUGGAGACUGAUAGUUCAUAACAGUAGCAGUAGAGGCAAACUGCAGUUAGUUCAGAAUUUGUGCUCAGUUUGUCUGCUUAUUUGAACUAUGCUUUCAAAAGCCACUUAGCUCACUUCUAGUUAUCUCUAAGGCUCUUGAAGACAACUUUGUUCAGCUCCCAAAUCAUAAUUCUAAACAUCUGUGAGUGGAGGGGGUCAGAGGUGAUUGAAUACAGUUGUCUGUCUGAGACACUUACUGACAUUUUUGCAUCCUCUUUGGUAGCUGGCAUACACAGGUCUGAGGAGAAUGAAAACAAGGCUUUAGUGAGAGGUGUUCAGUAUUACAAAGGUAAAAGAGAGGACUGAAAAAGCCAGAUCUUCUAAUCAGUGUUGCUGAAAUUAGCAAUAAAAGAAGCAAGCCUGGCUAGGUGUCUCUGUGUAUGUGGGUUGAAAAAUCAGUGUCAAAAUCCCUGUUCUGACAGUAAGGGAGAAAGUGUUUAUCUCUCAGAGAAACUGUAGCAAGGUUGGUCUUUGGGAUCUUCAAUAACAAGAAAAGCAGCAGGACAUAGAAUUGGAAGAAAUCUGGGGCACCUGUCUCCAGGGACAGGGAGAGGUCAGCAUAGCACCACAGCUAUGUAUGUAUCUGCCUGGAUGGUUCCCAGUGGCAGCUGUCUGCAGCUCAAAAUGCUGCCCAGACCUCUGUGUGAGAUCUGCCCUGUGGAUCCUGCUUAAUGAGAGUUGUUUUCCUACAGCACCUUGAAUGUGCAGAUACAUGGGUGACCCAAAAUGCUCAACAUCUCAGUUCAGCUGUAACAGAUAAAGGAGAGCCUUAGUAAAAGCUGUAGCUGCUGUGGUGCAAAAAAGUUUUCAAAGCCACUGAACAGCACAGCAGUUGAAUUUCAAAUUCCUAAAUACAUCUGGAGGAGCAGCUGGAUGUUAAAAACUUACAGAAUCAGAAUGCAGAGGGCAAUCUUGCUCAUAGUGAUUUUCCAAGGUCUUGAAAAAGGGUCCAGUACCCAAAAAAGGUAGGUCAUGGUGUAAUAAGACAUGAGUGAAGGGAGUUUUAGAUCAGAAUAUAGAAUGCUGAAACUUCUCAAAAGCAACUUAAGUCUAUCCCAUCACCAGCUGGAGACCUGUUGGAGUCCAGGGCAUUCCUUUGGGGUAAGCCCCCAACAGGGACCAGUCCCAAAAAUCAGAGGAGGAAAUCCAUUUCCUCACAGAGAAGCAGCAAUUUAGAGAAAUUUGAAGGUCAGUGUUCAUUGGAUGUUUUACAUGGACACUUCGUGUUUCACUGUGCUUCUCUGUGUAUCGGUGAAACUCAAAACAGUAGUUUUCGCUGUGUGAAAUAACUACACAGAUCCUUGUACUUCUUGAUGAUCUUGCAUUUGCUCUGACUUGCUAUGUUUGCAUUUCCAGCUUGAAUACAGGGCAAGUUUCAUUUUGUAUUCUGUAUUUUCCAGAGGCAGUUAUUUCUGCAAGAAAUGGGAAAGCCUAAUAUUAUCCUUUGCUACGUCCACU